AUGGACUUAAGAGGAUGGGUAGCUGCUGCAGAUUCUGCUGCAGCACUUGCUUGGGCACCAUCGCGCCCUCCAGCAGCAGCCGACAGGUCAGAAGCAACAGCAGCAACAGCAGCAGCAACAGCAGCAACUACAGCAACACAACCGCCAGCACAAGACAUUGGUAUGAUGGUCCAGAUAGAAGAAAUACCCCUCCAUCCUCCAGUGGAGCGACGGCGCAGCAGCAACAGCAGCAACAGCAACAGCAACAGCAACCGCAGCAGCAACAACAGCAGCGGCAGCCUCAACAGCAGCAGCAGCGGCAGCCUCAACAGCAGCAGCAGCGGCAGCCUCAACAGCAGCAGCAGCGGCAGCCUCAACGGCAGCAGCAACGGCAGCUUCAACAGCAACAGCAGCACCAGCGGCAACCUCAACAGCAUCAGUAGGGGUGGUUCCCUUAACAGCAGCAGCAGCAGCAGUAGCAGCAACGACACCUGCUGCAGCAGAUGGAAUUUGCCUCAAUUCUUUGCUGCUCCUCUUCUCUCUCUUCCUCCUCCUCCCCCUCCUGCUGCAGCAAAACCUCCUCCUGCUGCAGCAAAACCUCCUCCUGCUGCAGCAAAACCUCCUCCUGGAGCAACAAAACCUCCUCCUGCUGCAGCAGCAAAACCACCACCUGGUGCAGCAGCAGCAAAAUCACCACCUGGUGCAGCAGCAGCAAAACCACCGCCUGGUGCAGCAGCAGCAAAACCACCGCCUGGUGCAGCAAAACCCCCUGCAGCAGCAAAACCCCCUGCAGCAGCAAAACCUCCUGUAGCAGCAAAACCUCCUGCAGCAGCAAAACCUCCUGCAGCAGCAAAACCUCCUGCAGCAGCAAAACCUCCUGAUGCAGCAAAACCUCCUGAUGCAGCGAAAACCCCUGCUGAUGCAGCAAAGCCUCCUCCUGCAGCAGCAAAGCCUCCUGCAGCAGGAACACCUCCUCCUGCUGCACCGAAGCCUCCUGCUGCUGCACCGAAGCCUCCUGCUGCUGCAUCAAAGCCACCUGCUGCUGCACCAAAGCCUCCUGCUGCUGCACCAAAGCCUCCUGCUGCAGCAGCAAAACCUCCUGCUGCAGCAGCAAAACCUCCUGCUGCAGCAGCAGACCCAUCAGCUGCUGCGCCAAAGCCACCGGCCGCACCUCCUGCUGCAGCAAAACCUCCUGCAGCAAAACCUCCUGCUGCUGCAGGUCCUCCUCCAGCAAAACCUCCUGCUGCUGCAGGUCCUCCUACAGCAAAACCUCCUGCUGCUGCUGCACCGAAACCUCCUGCUGCUGCUGCACCAAAACCUCCUGGUGGUGCAGCGAAACCUCCUGCUGCUGCACCAAAGCCUCCUGCUGCUGCAGCAAAAUCUCCUGCUGCUGCAGCAUCUGCUGCUGCUGCAGGAUCAGGUGCAGCAGAAGCUGCAUCUUCUGAUGGCCGUAACGUAUUGUUGUUUAAAGACGAUCAACCGCAAAAAGUGUUUGAAGCAUUUACAGAAGGAUCGGCGAGUCGGACUGCUGCUGCAUUGGCUGCAGAAUCACAAGCUGCCUAUGGGGAGCAGCCAACUAUUUCUAUUCGAGCAACCGAACCACCGCCUCUUCCUAUUCAAGAAGGUGGAGAUCGAAACCCUGCUCUCCUUACUGCCCAUCUUCGGAGGGAGAUGGCCUUUAGAGCUUACCAUGGCACCCAAACCCCCGAAGAAAGACGGCAAAUGUUAGAAGGGAGUUUUGGCCGAGACCCUAAACCCUCAACAGCAAAAGCACCUACAGAAGUACAGGAGCUUCUUGAUGCCAUGACGCUCCUACAGCGUCUAACAGGUUAUUCAGCAACAGUAAAUGUGAAUGAAAUUCAGAGCAUUCGUUUGCAAUUGCGAGUUUCUUCUGUUAAUGCAUUUCAAGAAACUAGAUAUGCAGAUGCUACACUACAGGCUUUGUAUUCUUAUUUGCUGGCGAAGAAAUAUUAUCUGCUGCGAGGAAAGGAGCCGCUGCAAGGGGAAAUGGUACCUGAAUUGCUGCUGCUAGCUAAAUGUUGCGGCAUUGUUGGGUCGGUUGUUGAAGGAAGGGUUUACUUAGAUGAAUUGCGUUUAUUAGUAGAGAAUUCCCUCAGCAAAAGAGCAGCAGGAGCAGCACAAGGAACACCAGGCCCAUUUAUAUCCUGUGAGCCCAACGUCUUAGCAUCGAUUGUUUGUUCAUUGGCGGAUUUAUGCGGCCUUUAUCGUCUACCUAAUCUAUCAGCAACUUACUUUCAACAUUACGUAUCCUUAACUCGGGAGUUAUAUUCCUCUGAUCCUCUAGCUGUAUCCGAUGCAUUAGAACUUGCUGCUCUCCAAUUCUUUCGUUCUCGUCUAUUUAAAGAAUGUCUUCCUUUAUUAGAAGAAAUGUUAACCCUACGCAUGCAAGCCCUAGGAGAUGCAGAAUCUACAAACCCUCAUCCUAGGGUUGCUGAUGUAUAUGCCAAUAUUGGACUCGUACUCAGACUCUUAGGGAGGCCAGCAGAAGCCUUUCCCAACA